GUUCAUUGGCCUGUUUUCUUUGCCACAUAUACACACACGGAGCAGUGGGGUUUGAAGGGCACUGGGACAUCAAGUUUAAAGCCUGCACACUUGGCAGACUCACACUUUGGAAAGAGAAGACUGCUCAUACCCAGGACUUUUGUAUAUUAUUCAUUUACAUCUAUCAAAAGAGCCUUCGGGGGUCCAAGAUGGCAGAAGCCCAUCAGGCUGUUGCAUUCCAGUUCACUGUUACUCCAGAGGGUAUCGAUGUACAACUCAGCCGCGAGGCCCUCAAACAGAUCUACCUCUCAGGAAUCAUAUCAUGGAAGAAACGAUUCAUUCGACUGAGGAACAGUGUGCUGACAGGUGUCUACCCUGGUAGCCCUUCAAGCUGGCUUGUUGUGGUAUUUGCUACCAUGGGUUCCAUGUACGUGAAGACUGACCCUUCCUUAGGGCUCAUCGAUCACAUUAGGAAAUUGCUACCAGGGGGUAAUGCCCUUUCCACCAACACACGGACGUUGAUUAGUGCCACCCUUUUUGCCACAGGGUUCUGGAUUUCUGGUAUUUUUGUAGUACGCCAGACCCUAAAGAUGUUGCUGUGUUACCACGGCUGGAUGUUUGAACCCCAUGGAAAAAUCAGUACAUCCACCAAGAUCUGGGGAAGUCUGGUGAAGAUUCUCUCUGGACGUCGGCCACUACUGUAUAGUUUUCAGACCUCACUGCCUUGCCUUCCUGUUCCAAGAGUUAAAGACACAAUUCACAGGUAUCUUGAGUCAGUGCGCCCCCUUCUGGAUGAUGAUGAGUAUCUGAAAAUGAAGACCCUAGCACAUGAUUUCCAAAAGAACGUAGCACCAAGGCUGCAGAAGUAUCUUAUCCUCAAAUCCUGGUGGACAGCUAAUUAUGUAAGUGACUGGUGGGAAGAGUACAUUUAUCUCCGGAGCAGAGGACCUAUCAUGGUGAACAGCAACUACUAUGUAACGGAUUUUCUGUUUGUAUCGCCAGCUCAUAUACAAGCAGCUCGUGCUGGAAACACCGUGCAUGCUAUGAUGCUUUACCGUCGUCAACUGGACCGUGAAGAGAUUAAGCCAAUGAUGGCUAUGGGCUUUGUUCCUAUGUGCUCUGCGCAGAUGGAGAGAAUAUUUAAUACUACCCGCAUUCCCGGACUGGAGACAGACAUACUUCAGCACAUGAAAGACAGCAAACACAUGGUUGUGUAUCACAAGGGGCGAUUUUACAAAGUCUGGUUGUAUCAUGGAGGACGCCUUCUUAAGCCACGUGACUUAGAGAUGCAAUUCCAGAAAAUCCUGGAUGAUAAAUCUGAACCACAGCCAGGAGAGGAGAGGCUGGCAGCGCUGACAGCUGGAGACAGAGUUCCCUGGGCUAAGGCCAUGGCGGAGUUCUUUAGUAAAGGCAAGAACAAGGCAGCACUCACAGCCAUUCAGACAGCUGCAUUGUUCAUGACACUGGAUGAAGAAUCUCACGGAUAUAAGAAAGAGAUUGAGAAUUCGCUAGACUUGUAUGCAAAGUCCCUGCUCCAUGGCAAGUGCUAUGACAGGUGGUUUGACAAGUCUUUCACUCUUGUUGUCUACAAGAAUGGGAAGAUGGGAUUGAAUGCAGAACAUUCCUGGGCAGAUGCCCCUGUUAUUGGACAUCUGUGGGAGUAUGUUUUGGCAACUGACUGUUUUCAACUGGGCUACACAGAGGAAGGACACUGUAUAGGAGAGACAAAUCAUGCACUUCCAGGCCCACAACGACUUCAGUGGGAUAUCUCACCAGAGUGUCAGGAGGUAAUCAACAGCUCCUACAAUGUGGCAAAGACAUUAGCAGAUGAUGUUGACUUCUGCUCCUUCCCAUUCAUGCUAUUUGGAAAAGGUCUAAUUAAACGAUGCCGAACAAGCCCAGAUGCCUUCAUCCAGAUUGCUUUGCAGCUGGCCCAAUUCAGGGAUAAAGGACGGCUCUGUUUGACAUAUGAGGCCUCCAUGACACGUCUCUACAGGGAAGGCAGAACAGAGACAGUGAGGUCCUGUACCAUUGAAUCAACAGCGUUUGUAAAGGCAAUGGAAGAUCCAAAGGAGACAAAUGUGAAUCGCUUAGCACUCUUCCUCAAGGCUGCUGAAAAGCAUCAGAACAUGUACCGGUUGGCCAUGACAGGAUCUGGCAUAGAUCGCCACCUUUUUUGUCUCUAUCUGGUUUCUAAGUACCUGGGUAUUGACUCCCCCUUCUUAAAACAGGUCUUGUCUGAACCCUGGAAACUGUCAACCAGUCAGACCCCACAGCAGCAGCUGAAUCUCUAUGACUUACGAAAAUUCCCUCAUCAUGUUUCUUGUGGAGGUGGAUUUGGACCGGUUGCUGAUGAUGGUUAUGGUGUAUCUUACAUCUUUGUAGGAGAGGACCUGAUCGCUUUCCAUAUCUCCAGCAAGUUUUCCAGUCCAGAAACAAACUCACAUCGUUUUGGAAAUAACCUUCGACAGGCCAUGCUGGACAUUCAAAAGCUCUUUGGUCUUGCCUCUGAUGAGAAGAAAAAUGAUAUCCUGCAUAACUAAUACAUCUGCCUUUACCCUCACUUUUAGAUCUAAGGGUAACAGUUUCAACAGCCCAAGAACCUUCUUGCCACAUUUACAACAGCAGGACAUGAUUGAUUUGUAAAUGUGAUGCCUAUCACUAUUACACAAUGUACAGACCAUUAUAUUGUCACUUUUAUAGUUUUUGUAUUUAUAAAUAACAAUCAAUAUGCUGUAAAAUAAUUAUUUUGUGAAAGUCAUUUUAUCUUUGCUGCCAAGGAUGUAGUCAUUUUCUAGAAUGGUUUAUAUUAUGUAAUACUUGGUCUCUGUACUGCAUAUCAUUAAAAUAAAUAUAAAUACUUAUACACA